AUGAUAAAUGGUGAGCCAAGUGAACCUUUCAAUACAGCAAGAGGUCUUCGACAAGGACACUCAAUGUCUCCUUUUCUGUUUGCAAUUGCUAUGGAGUAUCUGAGCAAAAAGCUCAAUGGGUUGAAAGAAAAUAGAACCUUUCAGUUUCAUCCAUGGUGUGCAAAACUGGGAAUUACACACCUCAGUUUUGUGGAUGAUCUGCUUCUCUUUGCCAAAGGAAACAUAACUUCUAUUACUGCUCUACGCAGGUGUUUUAUCCAGUUUUCUGGAGCUUCAGGAUUGCAGGCUAAUCUUGGCAAGAGUUGUGUGUAUUUUGGUGGAGUUAAGAAAGAGACUCAAGAUAGCAUAUUGAGCCACUUAGGUUUCGUGCAUGGAACCUUACCUUUCAAACACCUGGAGGUGCCUUUAUCAACAAAGAAGCUCACACUACUACAAUGGCAACCACUAAUUGAAAAGAUCACAGCUAGAAUAACUUCUUGGACUACCAAAAAGUUGUCUUAUGCAGGCAGAACUCAGCUGGUCAAAUCUGUGCUCUUUGGAAUUUAG